CUCCUGAGGUCAUACGUAAGACGACGCGUCAGUCGCGCGUAAAGUUGUGUGUUGACAGGAGCGGCAGAAGUUGUCAGCGGAACAGCAGCAGCAGGAGCCGAAUGGAGUAAUCACAAAGAUAUUAUCCCCAGACGACGUCUUCAUUAUUAUUUAGACGCAGUGCUUUAACAACGCUCAAACGACGACGCCAUGGCAGACGAGCAGUCCUCUCUACCCUGGUCAAUCGAUAGGGAUGAUUAUGUUCUCCAUGAGGUGAUCGGGAGUGGAGCCACUGCAGUGGUCCAGGCAGCAUAUUGCAACCCCAGAAAGGAGAAGGUGGCCAUAAAACGCAUCAACCUGGAAAAAUGUCAAACUAGCAUGGAUGAGCUCCUGAAAGAGAUCCAAGCUAUGAGCCAGUGCCACCAUCCCAACAUCGUGUCUUAUUACACCUCCUUUGUGGUGAAGGAUGAACUGUGGCUGGUGAUGAAGCUGCUCAGUGGUGGCUCAGUGUUGGACAUCAUCAAGCAUAUCAUCUCUCGCGGCGAGCACAAGACCGGCGUGUUGGAUGAGGCCAGCAUCGCCACCAUCCUGAAGGAAGUGUUGGAGGGGCUGGAGUACCUUCACAAAAACGGACAGAUUCAUCGGGAUCUAAAGGCUGGAAAUAUUCUUCUCGGGGACGACGGCUCGGUGCAAAUCGCUGAUUUUGGUGUGAGUGCCUUUCUAGCAGCAGGAGGAGACAUGACCAGGACCAAGGUUCGGAAGACAUUUGUGGGGACACCGUGCUGGAUGGCCCCGGAGGUCAUGGAGCAGGUGCGAAGCUUGUUUUUUGUAGACGGUGUAGAUGGUGUCUUUUCUUUCCCUCUGUUAGCACUCUGCUCACGUGGUUGUGUUUUUAAUCCACAGGUCCGCGGCUAUGACUUCAAAGCUGACAUCUGGAGUUUUGGGAUAACAGCCAUCGAACUGGCCACCGGGGCCGCACCGUAUCACAAAUAUCCACCUAUGAAGGUGUUGAUGCUGACUCUGCAGAACGACCCUCCUUGUCUGGAGACGGGCAUCACAGACAAGGAAAUGGUGAAGAAAUACGGCAAGUCCUUCAGGAAGAUGAUCACCCUGUGUUUACAGAAAGAUCCAGAAAAAAGGCCAACUGCCGCUGAGUUGCUGAAGCACAAAUUCUUCACAAAAGCCAAGAACAAUGAGUACUUGCAGGAGAAGCUACUACAGAAAGGUCCAACAAUAACAGAGCGAUCAAAAAAGGUGCGACGUGUGCCAGGCUCCAGCGGCCGCCUGCACAAGACGGAAGACGGUGGUUGGGAGUGGAGCGACGAUGAGUUGGAUGAAGAGAGUGAGGAGGGCAAAGCUGCUGUGGCAGCUCUGCGGUCACCCAGAGUGAAGGACGGGUCCCAGAAUUUGGAGAUUUUCCCACCAACAGAUGGUGCUGCAGGUCAUCUGCAGCCAACUGGUCCAGCACAGGAGAGCCCUGCGAAUGUGGGACAAACAGGAGAAGACAUUCCAUCACAGGCUCAAACAGCGAGCCCCUCACAUGGACCCACUGCUCAGGAUCCGGCUGCAGCCAAUGCCAGCAUCCCCAUCAGCCUCGUCCUGAGACUGAGGAAUCCUAAGAAAGAGCUCAAUGACAUCAGAUUUGAGUUCAUGCAAGGCAGAGACUCUGCUGACGGAGUCUCUCAGGAGUUGGUCUCCGCAGGUCUGGUUGAUGGGAGGGACUUGGUCAUCGUUGCUGCCAAUUUGCAAAAGAUUGUCGAUGAUCCUCACAGUAACAGAAAUGUGACCUUUAAACUGGCAUCUGGUGUGGAGGAGUCUGAAAUUCCUGAUGAUGUUAAACUCAUUGGAUUUGCGCAGCUCAGCAUCAGUUAAGUCAAACAGAGCGAGCAGCAAAAGACAGCAACUCAAGGUAUUGCACAGCUGCAUUGUAGUCAAUUCCAAGAAACCACUACUGCCAAAGAGAGGAGGAGCAAGAGGAAAACUAGGAGGAGCUGACAUGAAGCUGGCAGGAGUGUGACACUACUGCAGGACGCAUGAGGACCACAUUGAGAAGGGGCUCAGUUCAUCACAGGAAUCACACUUGAAACGUUUACAGUGCGCUUAUAAAUGGGAGAAGAGAUGCAAUCAACUAUAUCAACUCCUGAUUUCUUUCUUUUUUCUUCUUCAUAUGUUUUCUUCCUCUUCAUACAUAAGCACAAUCCAAACCAUCUCCUGCCAGUACUGGAAGUGAUUGCCUUUUUUGUUUCUUUUUAAUCAACUGUGCCACAAAACUCACAAGAGUGUCGUGCCACCUUUAUAUGGCACUUUAUACUACACUGAAUUUGAAAAGUGUAAAUUCAGCCUUAGUUAUAUAGUUAGUUUACUAUAGAUUUUACCAGUGCGAUUGGUGAAAAAUUAAGUCUAUCUGUGAUUAUUGGGUAUAUUCUAUGUACGCAUAUCUAAAGAAAUCUAAGAAAAUCCCUCUCAAGAGAGAGAACCAUAGUUAUAGUUUAGUUAACUUUGUAAAUUCAGAUGGUUUUUACUACCAGAUUCUUGUAUAAAGCAGUGCGCUGACUUCUUCUCUCCACAGUAUCAGUGUAUGGUGAUUUUUGUCAAAACAUAACCAAAGAGUUUAGGCUCUGAUUGCACUGUUGAAAUCAUUGAGAUACACAUAAAUCAGCUGUAACUGCUCUGUCCCAUUACUGCAGUUGCGACACUUUGUCAGAUGAUGUUUUCCUGAGGUAUUUAAAGACAGGAUUAUUUUCACAGAUUGAGACCUGCCUGAUAUUCUUAUACUAUGCAAUAGUUGUUUUCUGUUGACCGCAUGUGACCUCUGGUUGUUAAUGAUAUUUCUCUUGGGUUGGAAAAAAAAAACAAAACUACAUUUUGUGCUUGUACCUCAAUAGAAGUUCAUAAAGAGUCAACCAGCAAAACAGGCAGCUUCAGAAUUUACUGUUUUUCACAAGCAUGGUGAUAAAGCGCUUUACACACCUACAGAAAAACACAGGUAAUUGGUAAUUUCCUUUUUUUCUAUGUCCCUGAUGAACCUUGUAAGAGGUAAUUCGGCCUGUUUAUCAUUAAUGAUCUAACAGCGCGGAGGAAUCCUGAAUGCUGGUGAUGUGUGUUGAGCCCGGGGCAGCUCGUUACAGGCUGACUGCUAAUGAACUUCUGUGGAGAUGUGCAUGCUCAAAAAGUAUUCCACCAAAGUGAAAUUUGGCUUAAUGGGGCAGUUCAUCCAAAUUGCAAGAAAUAUGUUUUCUCACCUGCCAUGAGUGGCAUGUAGCCAUGCAGAUAGGUUCGGUUUUAUUUUCCACAUCUGUUAGAGAUUCAUGCAAACAAACCAAUAUAAUUGAGAUGAAUGGAAUUUUGUUUUUUGUGGUCCCAGCAUUGAAAAUUAAAUUUGUAAAACUCUUUAACUAACAUGUCCUUGCAGACUUGGUGUCUCCACUACUCUGGAUAAUCCACAGACCCGCUGCAAACAGUUUUCAUUGGAACUACUUUCUACAGAAGAAAAAGUCCCUUUGACAGGGUUGACAGUGUGAAUUAUUCAAAGUAACGGUGACAGUGUGUUUUGAAAGAAAUAUUACUGCUAGAUUUGUAGCCAUGCUAAUGCUGCGGCUCUAUGGAUGGUGAUCCCCUCACUUUUCCUCCAGCGCCACCACGAGGUUGAUAUUUUUGAUUAUUGCUGUGGAAUUUAAUACAUACAUUAAUGUUCCCCUCAGAUUUAAUUGUAGUCACUUUGGUUAUCCCUAAACUAUUUAAAAAGUAAUUAAAUAUAAAAAUAUAUAUAAUUUGUCCCACAGCUGCAAAACUAAUGACAUUCCCAUUAGCCUCAGUUGUAUUUUGUGUUACAAGGUGGCUGUACUCACAUUAAAUGUAAUUUUUCAUUGUUGUUAUAAACACAAAGAAAAUUCCACUCACCCAUUCAUUGAAUUGAGUUGACAGAUAUCUCACAUUUUCAAUACAUAAAACCAAAACUAUCUGCAUGGCUGGACACUAGUAGAGAUAAGUCUUUGUUUUGUUUUUUUUGUGUAUUGGGUGAACUGACCCUUUACAUUUUUCCAGAGGCCAGCUAUUUAGUUUUUUUUUGUGACUAGACAAGUUGUUUUGACAUUACUGUAGUGUCUGUGCUUUCUAAACACUCACCCACAAGUCACUGUCGUCACUCCCAGUGUAGCUGUAUGGUUGUUUUGUACCACAUGCAAGGGCUGUGAUAUAGCUCCUAGUUCAGGUACUGAUGUAAAUGGUGUAUGUAAACAUGUUGUAAAUGUACGUAUGAUGACAACUCCAUGCACUGUCACACAAACAUCAUGAGGUUUGUAUGUAAUGAUGUAGAUGCAUUCAAUACAUGUCGGAUAAAAGGAA